AAAUUGCAGCAUAAAAUGUCAUUCUGUGGCUGUUGUCCUUCUUUCUGGUCGGAAAAGACAGGAAAAGAGAAUGAAUCGCACAUCAACAAGGAAAUUGUUGAAGUUCACCUUCCAAAAAGGAAGAUAUUAUCCGAAGUUUCAUUCACAUUAAAUGGAAAAUUAUACAACAUAACGGCAUCGGAAUCACUUUCAGUGGAGACAUCGCUCAAUAAAUUCAUUCGAGAUCAUGCUCAUUUGCCGGGAACGAAGUUUAUGUGUUUGGAAGGUGGAUGUGGGGCUUGUAUCGUGAGCGUCAGUGGAAUUCAUCCCGUGACGAAGGAAAAGACUACAUGGUCUGUCAAUUCUUGCCUCUUUCCGGUAUUCUCCUGCCAUGGUCUCGAUAUCACCACAAUCGAAGGUUUGGGCAACAAAAAAGACGGUUAUCAUGACCUUCAAACACGUUUGGCGCAUUUUAAUGGCACGCAAUGCGGUUACUGCUCUCCCGCAUGGGUCAUGAGUAUGCAUAGUUUACUCGAAGGAUCCAAGGGACAACUUUCAAUGGAGCAAAUCGAAAACUCAUUUGGCGGAAAUAUUUGUCGUUGUACCGGAUAUCGUCCCAUUUUGGAUGCUUGGAAGUCUGUGGCGACCGAUGCAACUGCAGAACUGAAAGAAAAAUUAAAAGACAUUGAAGAUUUGGAUAAAAUUUGCAAAACAACUGGAAAACCUUGUUCUACUUCAUCAUGUAGUGCUGCGACAAAAGCAAAAUGUGGCGUCAUUAUGGCCGACGACGAUGGCAAAGAAUGGCAUAAAGUGACAACAAUUCAGGAAAUUUUCGACAUUUUAAGCAAAAAUCCGAACAAAAAGUACAUGUUGGUGCAUGGAAAUACCGCACAUGGCGUUUAUCGUCGCGAUCCCGAUAUCCAAGUGUUUAUUGAUGUCUCGAAUGUUGACGAGCUGCACACAGUUAACAUGGGCAAAGAUGCUGUAGUGAUCGGAGGAAACGUUUCUCUGACAGAAACAAUGAAUAUUUUGACAAAAGCAGCUGCGACAAUUCCCGCUUUUGAGUAUUGCAAGGAGAUGGUGAAGCAUAUUGACCUUGUAGCGCACGUUCCAGUCAGAAAUGCAGGCACUUUAGCUGGAAACUUGAGUAUUAAACAUCAACAUAAGGAAUUUCCGAGCGAUAUUUUCUUGUUGCUUGAGACAAUUGAAGCUCAUUUGACAAUUGUUGGUCAAGACGGAAAAGCAAUAAAUGUCCUUCCAAGUGCUUUUUUGAACAUUUCAAUGGAUAACAAGGUCAUCACUAAAAUUACUUUACCUCCAUUACCUGUGGAAUCGUACAUUUUCCGCUCAUACAAGAUCAUGCCACGGGCUCAAAACGCUCAUGCUUACGUGAAUGCUGGUUUUCUCAUUCAAACGAACGACAAACGUGACCGAGCAAUGAAGGCUAAUAUCGUUUACGGAGGAAUUCGUCCCGAAUUCAUUCACGCCACAAAACUCGAGAAAUAUCUCUCCGGAGGCAAGGAUUUGUUCAAUAACGCAAGUCUUCAAGGAGCUACAAGCCUUCUUGCUUCCGAAUUAAAGCCAGAUUGGGUACUUCCCGAUCCCUCACCCGACUUCCGGAAGAAUUUAGCAAUCGCCCUUUUCUACAAAUUCAUUUUGUCCAUAUCGCCCGAUGAUGUUGUCGCUCCCCAAUUCAAAUCUGGCGCAGAAAUUUUAAAAAGACCAUUAUCUUCGGGCACCCAAACCUUCGAUACUCACCCAGAAAAUUAUCCGUUGACGAAACCAAUUCCAAAAAUCGAAGGCGUCAUUCAAUGUGCGGGCGAAGCGCAAUUCGUCAACGAUAUUCCGCCGCAACCGCACGAAUUAUGGGGUGCUCUUGUCCUCGCGCGAAAAGUUGGAGCAAAAAUCGUUCGAAUUGACGCCACAGAAGCUCUCAAAAUCAAAGGCGUUCACUUUUUCUUCAGUGCCAAGGACAUUCCGGGCGUCAAUAGUUUCAUGACGAAAAAAGUGAUGAUGGUUUUCGAGGACGAGGAGAUUUUUGUCGGCGAAACUGUCAAAUAUAACGGACAACCGGCGGGCGUAAUACUAGCUGACACCAUGGAAUUGGCGAAUUUCGCGGCAGAUCACGUGAAAAUCGUUUACGGGACACGUGCGAAGGAGCCGUUGUACCCGACGAUCAAAGAUGUGUACAAAGCGGAGGCUUUUGAACGCCUAGUUGACACAGAUUUCAAGACAGCAGCCACGGAAGAAGGAAAUUUAGAUGGUACGGUAACAAUUAAAGACCGUUUCGAGAUGGCUGGGCAAUAUCACUUCACAAUGGAAGCGCAAAGUUGCGUCACAAUUCCCAGCGACGAAGGCAUCAACGUUUAUUCGGCGACCCAGUGGAUGGAUUUGACCCAAAUUUGUAUUGCGGAUGCCUUGAAUGUCCCCAUGAGUACCGUUAAUGUCUUCACGAAGCGUCUUGGAGGAGGUUACGGGUCAAAAAUCUCGCGAGCGACACUCGUGGCAUGUAUCGCCGCACUUGGAACGCAUUUAACGAACCGCACAGUGCGUUUGGUGCUCACGAUCGAACGCAAUAUGGAAGCGAUUGGCAAGCGACAUGGCGUCGUUUCGGACUACAAUGUUCAAGUCGACUCAAAUGGCGUCAUUCAGAAGCUGCGGAACGACUAUUCAGAAGACUACGGUAGCAGCAGCAACGAACCCGUUAUUUUUUCGACAAAUGAAUUCUUUGGAAAUUGUUACGACAAGGCACGAAUGACGUACGAGGGAAAAGCUGCGAUUACAGAUGCGGCGGCAAAUACUUGGUGUCGUGCCCCGGGAACUACAGAAGGUAUUGCGAUGAUCGAAAACAUCAUGGAACACAUUGCGCACGUCGUUAAACGGGAUCCUGCCAAAGUUCGGAUGGAUAAUUUGACAAAAGACUCCGAAAUUCGUAAAUUAAUGCCGGAAUUUUUGAAAGAUGUGGCUUAUUACGAGCGUCGCAAGGAAAUUGAUGACUUUAACACGAAAAAUCGUUGGACCAAGAGAGGAAUUGCUGUCGUCCCCAUGCGAUAUCCAAUGGGCUUCUUCGGGACUUUUCAUGCUUUGGUCUCGAUUUAUCACGGAGACGGUACAGUUGCCAUCACUCAUGGCGGAAUCGAGAUGGGACAAGGCAUUAACACGAAAGUGGCUCAAGUAGCAGCUCACACACUCGGCAUCGACCUAAAAAUGAUAAAUUUGAAGCAAAGUAACACACUGACAGGUGCAAAUGAUACCGUUACGGGCGGCUCUGCAGCUUCCGAAGCCGUUUCUUAUGCCGUCAAAAAGGCUUGCGAAGAGCUCCUUGAACGCCUAAAGCCGACUCGCGAACAAAACAAAGACAAAUCCUGGAAAGAACUCAUCCAAAUCGCCUACGAUGCCAAUGUUGACCUGGUUUGUUCGUACAUUUUCAAAAAUACCGACGUCCAGCCGUACAUAAUUUGGGGUCUUUCGUGUGCCGAAAUCGAAAUUGAUCUUCUAACGGGCAAUUAUAUGCUGCGGCGCGUCGAUAUCUUGGAAGAUACGGGAGAAAGUAUGUCACCGAAUGUGGAUGUCGGGCAAGUCGAAGGUGCCUUUAUCAUGGGAAUGGGCUAUUGGUUGCAAGAAGUUCUCGUUUACGACAAUUCCACGGGUCAGUUGGUUUCGAAUCGCACAUGGAACUACAAAGUGCCCACAGUGAAGGACAUUCCCGUCGAUUUUCGUAUCAAAUUCUUGCAAAAUUCGAAAAAUCCCUUUGGCGUGUUGCGAUCUAAGGCAACGGGCGAGCCAGCGACAUGCAUGUCAAUUGUGGUUAUUUUUGCUGUGAGACAUGCUUUGAACUCGGCGCGGAAAGAUGCUGGAUUGGGUGAUGGAUGGUAUCAUUUGGGAGCGCCAACAACGUGUGAAGAUAUGUUUUUGUUGGGUGGCGGAACAAAAACGGAGAAUUUUAUGUUAAAUUAAGAUUUUUAAUGGUUCAAAAUGGAAUGAGGUGCUAUUAUUUUCUAUUUUUUCAUUACGUUAUUGAAUGUAUUUAAAAAAAAAAUUUUGAAAAAUAUAA